GAAACUAAAAGUUCAUUCAUAAAUCGUGUGAAAAUAUUAUCAAAAUGGUUACUUAAGUAUAAAAAGAAUGAUUUCAUUUAAAGGAAAAUUAAGUCUCUUAUUAUUUUUUCUUUCCUUAAAUGGUGUGUUGUGCAUGAAAAAUGUAAAAAAUGUAACAAUGCUAUCAGAUGAAACUGAUGCAUCGAAAGCAAUUGAUGGAGAUGAUUAUACGUUUGCUCAAAGUAAAAAUAAGGGACCAAAUGUAUCUUUGAGUAUAUUAUUGGAUCAUAUGAUGACACUUACGUGUUUUACCAUGACAGUGAGGGGAGGUGAUUAUGACGUCUAUAUCAGCCAAAAUGAGAGCAUGGUCGGAGGCUUGUGUAGAAGUUUUUCCAUAGAAAAUAUACUGCAAGCCCACAGUAUUCUGUUUUGCUGUUAUGGAAAAAUGGAUGGAAAGAAAAUAACAAUUAUGAAAAUGGAUAGGGAGAUACUGAGGUUGUUUGAGUUUGACAUGAGUGAUUGGGCACAAUUUCAACAAAAUUUGCUCAACUGUAGUGAAUGUAAUGAACAUUGUGGUGUGUGCCGACAAGAAGGUAAAAAGUGCGUAGCUUGUUUAAAUUACGUUCGAUGUCCAGAAUAUUGCAAAGCUGAAGAAUGCAAAGGGGAUGGAACUUGUUCAAAGUGUCAACCUGGGUACUAUGGUACUCAAUGUAAUCCAUGUAAGGAGGGUAGAUAUGGUGAAAACUGUGAGCAAAAAUGUGAGUACGGUUGUCAAUACAGUUGUGAUAAUAUCGAUGGAGUUUGUAAAAAAUGUGAAAGAGGUUACUUCAGUCCUCCUAAAUGUGAUAAAUUAUGUGAUGCAACAAUAACAGAUUGCAAGUCUUGUAAAAAUGUGUCAUUUUGUGAAAAUUGUCAGACAGGCCGUUAUGGUGCAGAUUGCAGUAAAAAAUGUCCAUAUCACUGUGAUUUCUGUAUCAAUUCAACAUUUUGUACUCAUUGUAAAGCUGGUUAUUUUGGUGACCUGUGUGAUUCUAAAUGCCCGGAGAAUUGUCUGUUUUGUUCAAAUGAAUCUUACUGUGACGUCUGUCAGAUGGACUGGCACGGACCGCUCUGUCGGUGUAGUGUUCACUGUGAAGGACAAUGCUCUGACCAGGGCCACUGUUCUGGGAAUUGUUCUGAGGGAUGGUUCGGCUCUAGCUGCCAUCAGAAAUGUUCUUCCCAUUGCAAACGAUGUGAGGAGUCGCCAUACAACUGUACAGAAUGUUAUCAUGGAUACCCUCCCCUUUGCUCGAGCGAGAAGUUGUAUAUUUCUGAGGAAACAAUGACCAUGAUGAUGGCAGGAGGGGGGAUAAUCCUUGUACUGGUGCUCAUAACCAUCUGUAUCAUCAUCAUAAUCAGAAAACUGUGUCAAUCUUCCAAUCAAGGAGACACAUAUGGUUUCAUUGAGACUCAAGAUAUAGAAUUGGAACCGAUGUCACAGACCAAUCCUUACGCCGACCUGGAAUCAGCCCAGUACAUAAACGACUCCAACAGAAUGACAGUGGAUGAAUUCAUACUAAAUGUACACCAUAAGAAACUUAAUCAUGCAUUUCGAAGAGAAUUCAAGAAAAUACCAUACCGAAUGAACGAGUCAUAUUAUGCAGCUAUUGAUCCAAAGAAUAAAUCUAGAAAUAGAUACAAAAAAGUAUAUCCAUAUGAUUCCAGUCGUGUGGUCCUUGAUACUUCCGAUUUUCCAGGAAGUUCUGAUUAUAUCAAUGCCUGUUUUGUACAUGGUUUUCACAAACAACGGGCAUACAUAGCUUCACAAGGUCCGUUUACUGAGGAGACUGUUUUAGAUUUUUGGAGGAUGGUAUGGCAGAUGAGAAGUGUGAAGAUCGUCAUGCUAACAAACCUAACAGAAGAAGGAAAUAUGAAAUGUUUAAAAUAUUGGCCAAAUACCGAGGCUUUAAUAGGACCUUUCCUGAUCAAAACUGAGAGACAAAACACCUGCAGGAGAUAUAUAAUAAGACAUAUCAAACUUAAACUGGGCAUUGAAGAGAGAGUGGUAAAACAAUAUCAGUAUACAGCGUGGUACACAAUAAGGGUACCCACAAAUGUCGACUCCCUCCUCAUAUUCAGAAAUCUCGUCAUGAUCGAUGUUUCUGAUGAUGACGGUCCUAUCAUCGUCCACUGCAGUGCGGGGGUGGGGCGCACGGGGACAUUUAUUGCCUUGGAUUAUCUCCUAGAAGAGGGAAUAACAACUGGUUACCUAGAUGUUGUUGGCUAUAUCCAGAUAUUGAGGCAGCAGCGGGCCUAUGCUGUACAAUCUACCGAUGAGUACAUUUUCCUACACGACGCCCUUGUGGAGGGAUUUACAAGUGUGCACGAGAACAGGUCUAUAGAAAUUGCCGACGAACUGUGAAAAUGUGUUUGCAAAACAGAUGUUACAUUUCAUAUGCAAUGGAAA